AUGCUGUUGGACGCGUUUUGGAGCGAGGCUCUGUGGCUGCCUCCUAACGUCACGUGGUCCGAUGUGGCGCCCGGGCCCGGGCCCGGUAAAGCGGUGCUCUAUACCGACCAUCGACAUCUUUGGCUUACUGUUCCAAUGGCGUUGAUACUCUUAGUGCUGCGUUUCGUAUUGAAUAAAUAUAUAUUUGCUCCGUUCGGCAAGGCACUAGGCAUUAAACAUGAUGAUAGAAGUAUAAAGGUUCGUCCAAAUAACAAGCUGGAAGCUGCAUAUAAGGCCAAUUCCGCGUCAAAACAGAUAUGUGCAUUGGCCAAGCAGCUAGACAUGUCGGAGCGGCAGGUGCAGCUCUGGUGGCGUCGGCGCCGGCAGCAGGACAAGCCGUCCGCGCUCGUCAAGUUCCGCGAGAGCUGCUGGCGGGCUACCUUCUACCUUUACAACCUGGUGUUCGGCUGGAUGGUUUUAUGGAACAAGGAGUGGUUGUGGGACGUUGAUUACUGCUAUAUCGGCUAUCCUCAUCAGGGCGUCACCAACGACAUAUGGUGGUAUUACAUGGUCGCGCUCGGAUUCUACUUGUCACAGACCCUGUUGUUAUACGGCGACGUCCGUCGCAAGGACUUCUGGCAGCAAGUCGUGCACCACGCCGCUACGCUCUUGAUGAUAAGUAUCAGCUGGGUGUGCAACUUUCACAGGAUUGGCUCGCUGGUCAUGCUUUCACAUGACGGCUCGGAGACAUUGCUAGAGGCCACAAAAGCGACGAAGUACGCGGGCUACCACAGAGCGAGUGACUAUAUGUUUGCCGCCUUCACCGCGCUGUGGAUUGUGACCAGGAUAGGGAUAUAUUCCUAUUUCAUUCUUGGGAGCGUGACGUUCCGUGCCGCAGCCUACAUACCCCCAUUCCCGAUGUUCCAAGUCCUGGUGUUCCUGGGCUGGGUGCUGCUGGCUCUGAAUGUCUACUGGACGUGGCUCAUACUGCAAGUAGCGUACAGAGCCAUCAAGCACGGCCAGGUGGACGGUGACAUCCGCAGCUCUAGUUCCGAAGUCAGCGACAGCUCAGCCACCAACGCUCCCAACCGGGACAGGCAAAUAGUCAUCUAG